AAUAUUGUAGUUGAACAUCAAACAAGUACCGGUUAGUCAGCGAGGAAACAAGUCGACAAGUGUCAAGAAGAACUUCAUCUCUAACUUUUCGUGUCGACUGAUCAGAGUCCACGGAAUUUCUCUAUCUAUUUCAGUGUGUCUGGUAAAAACAAAACAAUGACAGAAAAGCAUAGUUUUGGUGUAACAGCAGUUUCAUGUCAUGCAUGGAAUAGUUCUAGAUCAGAAAUUGCUCUAUCUCAGAAUGAUUCAAUAGUUAGAAUUUACAAGAAAAGUGGAAACAAAUUUGAUGAAACAGCCAGUCUUACAGAGCAUGGUCAGCAAGUUACAGGAAUUGAGUGGGCAUCUAAAAGUAACAGAAUCGUCACUUGUGGGGCUGAUAGAAAUGCAUAUGUAUGGGAAGUAGUUGAUGGAAAAUGGAAACCUUCUUUGGUAAUUCUAAGAAUCAAUAGAGCAGCUACCACAGUACGCUGGUCACCACUAGAGAAUAAGUUUGCCGUAGGAAGCAGUGCAAGAGUAAUAUCUGUAUGCUAUUUUGAUGAGGAGAACAAUUGGUGGGUCAGCAAGCAUAUCAAGAAACCAAUCAGAUCUACUAUUACUUGUUUGGAUUGGCAUCCUAAUAAUUAUCUACUAGCAGCUGGAUCAUCAGACUUUAAAGCAAGAGUAUUUUCUGCCUAUGUAAAGGAAGUUGAAGGAAAACCUGCUGCUACUCCCUGGGGAACAAAGAUGCCAUUUCAGGCUUUGAUGGCAGAGUUUUCUAAUGGUGGAGGUGGCUGGGUACACAGUGUAAGCUUCUCGCCCAGUGGAGAUAAGUUGGCUUGGGUUGGACAUGAUUCCAGUGUUUCUGUAGCAGAUUCUGCCAAUGGAAACAAAUUAUCUGUUGUGAAAGGGAACUUUUUACCUUUCGUUGGGAUAUCUUGGGUUACAGAAAACAGCAUGGUAGCAGCGGGUUAUGACUGCUGUCCAAAGCUGUUCACCCAGGAUAAUGGGGGUAAUGUGACCUUCAUUUCUGACCUUGACAUUCCAAAAGAGAAAGAAGAGGGAACAAUAAGUGCUAUGAAUCGGUUCAAAAACUUGGAUAAGAAAGCCUCCGCCAAAGAAACUUCCACAGAUGUCAGGACCCUGCAUCAGAAUACCAUUACACAAGUAACUAUUCAUACAGGAACUAAAGCUGACUGCACCAAAUUUUCUACCUCUGGAGUUGACGGACAAGUCAUUAUCUGGGACUUCAAGUCUCUAGAGAAGAGUAUAUCUGGACUCCGCAUUGCAUAAAAUUUCACGUACCCAAAGUCUUUCCAACAGUACGACAUUCAACGCAUCAGUAUUUAGAUCAAAAAGUUUUACUAACUUUGCUUUGUUAGAGAGAUCAGUAAAUAACAUUGGAGAAAGUUUGGGUGAUUUUAUAUAGCAGUAAUUAUGGAUCAAAAUAGUGGACAGCAUAUGGUCAUAGUUUAUCAUGUAUUUCUCACAACUAAUUGACCUUUUUAAUCAAUAUAUUAUAAAUGCAACAUUUUAUUUUCUUACUUGUUUUAUAUUAUACUGCUUAUGGUAAUAAAAUAAAAAAAUAUGUAAAGAAGUAUA